AAAGACUCUCCGUUAUUAACGCAUAUCUUUCCCUUGUUCGUCUCCAUUUAAAAAUGAUGUGCCCUUCAUAAACUCGCUUCCGAGUUUUAAUAUCUCCAGGAAUCCAGCUGCGAGUUAUGUGAAAUAUUUCAUUAAGAUUCGCUGACGUCGAUGGGCAUGCCUCCUUUCUUCCUCUCAUCCUUUGCUAAAAGGACCUGAUAUUGCAGAACAUUCAGCAAUGUGUCUUCAGUGGUGGAUAUUCCUCCUUUUUACAAUUGUUGCUGAUGCAAACCGUCAAGAAAAAGAUUCUUUACUUUAUUUUGAGACACCUUUAGACCAGGAUGGUAAAUUAUACCUUUAUUGGAUAGUUGAUUAUGACGAAGAAACUGUUACAUUUGAAGUUCGAGCUCGGGCGUCAAACCAUGAUUGGAUAGGAAUUGGUUUUUCUGACAGAGGAGAGAUAACAAAUGCGGAUUUGUGUAUCUUGUGGACAAGCAAAAAAAGAAAGAACAGAUUUCAGGAUACUUAUACUGAUGAUGGUGGAUAUGUAGCUAUCGAUGAUCACAACGACUGCCAUUUACUGAGUUUGAAGAGACGAGGACUUACUACAAGAUAUGCUUGGUCUAGAAGGUUUGAUACUUGCGACAAUCAGGAUUACUUUAUUGAAGAAGGAACAACCCAUAUAGUGUAUGCCAUGGGAAAAGGACCUCUUCGACGACUUGAGGAUAUUAAUUUAUCCAAAGAAAUACACGGCUUUCAAAGGGUACAACUUCUUAAAAAUUUGGUUCCAGAUCCAAGAUUUCUUGCAGAUACGAAGUCAAUAACAAUUCAUAAUUCAAAGGUUCAAGUGCCUAAUAAUGAAACUACAUAUUGGUGCAGUUUACACAUUUUACCCCCAGAGUUUGAAAAUAAAAAUCAUGUUAUUCAGUUUUCACCAGCUAUUGAAGAUCGCAACAAGGAAGUGGUCCAUCAUAUGGAAGUGUUUCAUUGUGAGGUUGAUGCUGAUAAAAAACUACCAGACUGGAAUGGACCCUGCAGUAGCUCGAAGAAACCUCAGAUUCUGGAAACUUGUAAAAGAGUUCUAGCUGCAUGGGCAAUGGGUGCAUUGCCAUUUACAUAUCCAGAAGAAGCUGGACUGCCAAUUGGGGGACCUGAUUUUUCCCGAUACGUUAUGUUGGAAGUUCAUUAUAAUAAUCCUGAACUUAAAGAAGGUAUGAUAGACAGUUCUGGUGUCACUCUCACUUACACCUCUACGCUUCGUAAAUACGAUGCUGGAGUUAUGGAACUUGGUCUUGAGUAUACUAAUAAAAUGGCAAUUCCUCCUCAUCAAACAGAUUUUGCACUAACAGGCUACUGUGUGGCUGAAUGCACGCGAGCGGGAUUUCCUGAUGACGGAAUCGUUAUUUUUGGAUCACAACUUCAUACACAUUUAACAGGAAUCAAAGUUUAUACAAGACAUAUCAGAGGGUCUGAUGAAUUACCAGAACUAAACAGAGAUGACCAUUAUAGCACACAUUUUCAAGAAAUUAGGAGACUCAAGCAGCAAGUGCAUGUAUUGCCAGGAGACGCAUUGUUGACAACGUGUCAUUAUUCUACUAUAGAUAGAGUAAAUAUUACCUUGGGUGGAUAUGCCAUAAGUGACGAAAUGUGUGUAAAUUAUGUCCAUUACUAUCCAAAAAUGAAUUUAGAAGUCUGUAAAAGUUCUAUUGACACUAAAGUUCUGUAUAAUUACUUCAACUACAUGAAUAAAUAUAACGACGAAAUGACUUCUGAAUCAAAACCAGUAGAAGAAAACUAUGAAUCGAUACAUUGGAGUGAAGGAAAUGCUGCGUUUCUUCAUCAUCUGUACUCAUUUGCUCCAUUGUCUAUGCAAUGUAAUCGCUCAUCGGGAGACAGAUUCCCUGGCUAUUGGAAUGGAAUUCAAAAACCAUAUGUACUCUAUCCACUACCACAACCUACUAGAAAAUGCAAAAACAACUUUAAAAAAAUGACUAAAGAAGAAGAAGAAGAGGGGGAGGAAGAAGAAGAAGAACAAAAUAAUAUGUAAAAUGUUUAUUACUUUACACUCGUUGUUAUGGCUCUUAUCAUUCUAAGCUCAAAAUGCUUUCAACUAUGAUAGAAAUUGUAUUUUAGUUGAAUAAAUGUUUACAAUUCAUGAUC